AUGCAUAAGGCUAAAAAGUUCAUGGAUGAGUGUCUGAACAAGGGAUGUGCUGUUAAUGUAGUGAAUUUUACAACUAUAAUUCAUGGGUUUUGUCAGAAGAAUGAUUUGGUUGUUGCUCUCUCAUUGCUUGAUGAUAUGUAUCUGAGCAACAAACAUCCUGAUGCAAUCACGUUUACUACAUUGAUUGAUGCAUUGGGAAAGAAAGGUAGAAUGGAAGAUGGUUUUGGAAAUCUUGAGGAGGCUGAUAAACUCUUAGGUAAUGCAUUGAGAACAACUUCAAAAAUUGAUGCUAAAACAUGUCACAUAGUUAUGGAGGCGUAUUUGAACAAUGGAAUUCCUUUGUCAGCAUAUAAAGUGGCCUUUCGUAUGUUCAACUGGAAUCUGAUUCCUAACUUGAAGUUGUGUGAGAAGGGAUUGAUCCAAACUAUACUGAAUGGAUAUUCCAUAGAGAAGAUGAUUCGUUCCUACACUACAUUUUCUGAGGAUGAAGGUGAUGAUGCAUUAGAUGUUAAUGAGUAUAUUGAUGACGUGGACGAUCUUUUAGAUUACAUUCGAAUGGGGUCGUUUAUGGAUAAUUGA